AUGCCUUCAAGCGAGUUACAUAAGAAGCCAAAAAUUUGGCAUAAGACGUUAGAUCAAGCUUUGUGGGCAUGUCGAACGUCACCAAAAGAAGCAACUGGAACAACCCUAUUUCGAAUGACUUAUGGCCAUGAUGCAGUGCUGCCAGUAGAAAUUCAAGUUCAUGUAGUCAGAAUUCAAAGCCAACAUGAAAUACCAUCAGAAGAUUAUUGGAACAUGAUGUCAGAUGAAUUAGUAGAUUUGGAUGAAGAAAUAAUGGGAGCCUUGGAUUCAUUGCAAAGGAAGAAGGAGAGAGUUGCUUUAGCCUACAACAAAAAGGUAAAGGAUAAAACUUUUGAUGCUCUCCCCAACUUAAACCUGAAUGAUAGAGUUUUGGGAAUGUGGUCCCCAAAUUGGGAGGGACCUUUUAAGAUAGUGCGUGUAUUUUCCAAUAACGCCUAUGAAGUCGAAGAAUUAGCACCAGAUAGACGAAUCUUUAAGAUAAAUGGAAAAUACUUAAAGAAGUAUAGACCUGUUCUUCAAGAAAUUAAAAUUUCACCGGAAUAA